AUGGCAAAAGUGGCCGUCGUAACAGGUGCAAGCAAGGGUCUAGGCUUCGCUAUAGUGAAAGGACUCUGCGAAAAGUUCGAUGGCACUGUUUACUUGACCUCGAGGGAUGACCAAAGAUCACUGGAAGCCGUGAAAAAGUUGAAAGACCUUGGAUUCCAUCCCAAAUACCACCAGCUUGACGUAACAAACGAAGAAAGCGUGAAAACAUUUGCCGAUUUCAUCAAAACACAACACGGCGGGUUUGACGUUUUGGUGAACAACGCCGCCAUAUUGGAAUGGGACAAGAUCUAUCCAGACUAUGAAGCCGCGAAACGGAACGUCGAUACGAACUACAGAAGUUUAUUGAGAGUGGAAAAAUACUUGUACCCAUUGCUGAAUAAGGGUGCUAGAGUGGUAAAUAUAUCUAGUUCUUGUGGUCAUCUUUCGAAUUUGAAGAAUAAAGAAUGGAUCGAUGCUUUAUUGAACCCGGAUUUAGAAGUUGACGAUAUUAAUGAGUUCGUUGACGAAUAUUUAGAGAGUGUGAGGAACGGAACGUUUGAUACAGCGGAUUUCGCUGAUGAUGGGAAGCAUGCUGAGCAUAGGGUGUCGAAAAUCGCUGUGACAGCACUUACUAUGGUACAGCAAAAGAAAUAUAAGGACAUUUCUAUAAAUGCUGUUCAUCCAGGGUUGGUCAAAACUGACAUGGCCAAUGGUAAGGGAGUGACAGACGCAGAUGAAGCAGCUAAACUAGUUCUAUAUCUGAUUUUGGAAGCUUCUCCAAACCUGAAAGGGGUUUUCUUGUGGCACAAUAAGAAAAUUGUGGAUUGGUACGACCCCAACGGCGAAUAUUAUUGUAAAGGAAUUUGGUAA